AUUUCCGAGAGCAGGAGGGCUGAAGCUACGAGGCAUGAUCUUGUGGUCUCUAGCAUCGUUUGUGUACAAGACUUAUCCAUGAGCAUGGUGUGGUGCAGUUCAAACCGAGUUAAUUAAAUAUUCAUUAUAAUUUUACUUUGUUCUCGCUACAAACUCUCUCUCGAAACCUUAAUUAUAAAAAAACUAUAAUUUAUAGUUCUUCCUUGCACCUAUUUUUUCAAACUAUAACAGCAAAUUAAAAACUACACAAGAGCUGGUUUAGUCAUGUGUAUUUUGAAUUUUCUUUCUCGGUAUGCUUUGAAGCCCAGCCAAACAGCAACCAUCUUUUUUAAAAAAAAUAAAAUAAAAUUCAACAAGAAGAGGCAACGAGAAAAAUCAUUUAGAUGGUCAGGGCAAUUUCUUCAAUCCAGGUAUCAGAAAAGGUGAAAAACGUUGUGCUUAAUCACUCUAAAUUAAAGAAUCUUUCAGAGUUCAGGGGUACCUCUUCUUUUCCUGAGGAGACAUCACUCUAUACCUUAAUUUGUUACUUUGUAAACUCCCAAUGGCCUGCAUGCAUGGCCGUCUAAUUAUUGCUGGACACCGAAAUUCUAAAAAACUUCAUAGUUUUCUCUUUAACAAGACAUAGUAUUUCACAAUAUGCCGCGUAUAUACUCAUUCCAUCACCUUGCUGUAAUCUCUGCACUCCUAUAUAUAAAUAUUCUGAUGCUUCCUCUCACCCCUCGUGCAAAUAUUGUGCUGUGAUUAAGCUCUAGCUCAAAAAACUAUGGCAUCCGUCUUCAAGAAUUUCAUUGCCUCUUCUGUUAUGACAUUGUUGUGUUUCAGUUUGUGCUUUUAUCCAUUCGCAUUGGCUCAAGAUUCAGGAACUGCGACCUUCAACACACCCCCAUACGUUCCUUCUAAAUGCUAUGGAUAUGAAGAUCGAGGAGUGAUGAUUGCAGCAGCAAGUGAAGGGAUUUUUAACAAUGGGGAAGCUUGUGGGCUAUAUUACCAAGUAACUUGUGUUAGCGGGACAAAUGAGGGCACUCCAUUCCCUUGUUUGGAUAAUGGGUCAGUUGUUGUGAUGAUUACAGAUCUUUGCCCUCCUGAUUCUUGUAGGGGUACCAUUGAUUUGUCACAAGAAGCUUUUGCCUCCAUUGCUGACCCCAAUUCUGGCGUUAUAAACAUCUCUUACCAACAGAUUUGAGAGAAGAAGCAUGCAUUGAAGAAAGAACCAGCACGGAUUUUGUUUAAUGCAUUCUGAUACUGAUCAAGAAAUGAAUGGCUACCUGAUCGAUUGAAUAUUGUUUGUUUUUUAUU